AUGGCAUCAGUUGUUGGAAAUAAUCCCAAUUCAAAUGAUAUUAUUCCACGUUCAUCAAGUGUUGAUUCAGCUAUAUUUGAUGGUGGAGAAGAUUCACCUGAUGAUAUUUUUUAUGGAGAAGAAGAAAGUUUUGAUGAACUUAAUGAAGAUAAUCAACAAAAUGGACGAUGCAAAGCACUUGUACCACGUUUAAUUCGUUAUGGUUCAAAACGUGUUGCAAUAAUUCAAUUUUCACCUAAAGUUGUUUAUGGUCGUUGUCCAGAAGCAAAAAAAAUCGGAGAAAAACAUUGUCUUACAUUUAAAUUUGUUAAAAAUGAAACAAAAUUAAUACGAAAUAUUCUUGAAGGACAUGGAUUUCGUGAAGUUCAUCCAUCAAGUUCAGAAUUUAAUAUAAUGUGGACUGGAGGUGGAAUGAAACCUUUUACUUUAAGAUCACUUAAUCCAUUUCAACGUGUUAAUCAUUUUCCCAGAUCAUAUGAAAUGACACGAAAAGAUCGACUUUAUAAAAAUGUUCAAAAAAUGCAACAAGAAAAAGGAAUUAAAAAUUUUAAUUUUAUUCCAACAACAUUUCUUUUACCUUAUGAAUUUGAAGAUUUCUCUGCUGCAUUUCAACGUGAAAAAGGUAUUUGGAUAAUUAAACCAGUUGCUUCAUCACAAGGAAAAGGAAUUUUUUUAAUAAAUCAUCCUGAUCAAGUACCAUUGGAUGAAAAUCUUGUUAUUAGUCGAUAUAUUGAUAAUCCACUUCUUAUUGAUGGAUACAAAUUUGAUGUUAGAAUUUAUGUUGCUGUUACUUCAUAUGAUCCACUUGUUGCUUAUCUUUAUGAAGAAGGAUUAACAAGAUUUGCAACAGUUAAAUAUGAUCCAAAUGGUCGAAGUAUAAAAAAUGCAUUUAUGCAUUUAACAAAUUAUAGUGUUAAUAAACGAAGUCAUCGAUAUGUUAGAUGUGAUGAUCCUGAUAUUGAAGAUUUUGGAAAUAAAUGGUCAAUGUCAGCUAUGUUACGUUUAUUAAAAUCGGAAGGAAAAGAUACAUUUAGUUUAAUGAUGGCUAUUGAAGAUGUUGUUAUUAAAACAUUACUUUCAGUUGAAUCUCAAAUAUCAGCUGCUUGUAGAAUGUUUCUUCCAAAUAGAGGAAAUUGUUUCGAAGUUUAUGGUUUUGAUAUAUUAAUUGAUGAUGAAUUAAAACCUUGGGUACUUGAAGUUAAUUUAUCUCCAUCAUUAGGUUGUGAUGCUCCAAUUGAUUUAAAAAUAAAAACUCAUAUGAUUUGUGAUCUUCUUAAUUUAACAUCAAUGCCUUGUACAGAUCCAGCUAUUUAUUCGAAUAAACAAAGACAACAAAAAAAUGAAUCAUCUUCACAAUCUGAUCAACUAAAACGACGUCGUCCAAUAUCUGCUGGUUAUUCAUUAACAUCAUCAUUAACAAGUCAAAAUAGUAAUACACGUAUUGUACGUGCAACAACAGCUAAUCGUCCAACUCGUCAUGGAAAUUCAAAUUCAAAUUCAAAUUCAAAUUCAAAUUCAAAUAAUAAUCAAACAAAUGAAAUUGCUCGUGGAGAAUAUUUUGGUUUAUCUUCCGAAGAAAUUCGAAUAUUAAGAACAAUAAAAGAAGAAAAUCGUCAACGUGGUGGUUUUGUUCGAAUAUUUCCAACAGGUGAUACAUAUGAAUUUUUUUCAUCAUUUUUUGAACAACGAACAACAUCAUUUAAUCAAAUGAUUCAUCAACGUCUUUAUUCAUCACGAUGGACACCAAAUGCAUUAAAUUAUCAACAAAAUGGUGGACAAAUUCGUCGUACAACAGUUCCACGUUCAAAACAUCUUUCAUCAGCAUUUAAUUAUGGUCAUCCAUCAGAUAAAGAUUUAACACCAAAAAUAAAUGGUUGUGAUCUUGAUGAAGCUCUUGAAAGAUAUAGAAUUUAUGAAAGAAGAUUAAUUGAUAUUAUUCCUCCUCCUCAAACAAUAACAACAACAACAACAGCAUCAACAAAUAUAAAUGAUCAUUCGAAAAUAAAUGAUAAAUCUUCAAAAUCACAUAUUGUUGUUGAAACAAUUGAACAAAAUUCAUCAGAAAUAAUAAAUAUUCAUCGAUCAACAUCAGCACCAAUUCAUAAUUUAAUAUCAAAACAACAAAAUAAAUGUGAAUCAACAUCAAAACGUUUAGCAACUGUUGCACAAUUCGUAAAACAACAACAACAAUUAAAUGUAAAUGCAGCACCAGGUGAAGGAAGACAUUCAAUUUAUGCUAAAAAUGAUAUUCUUCAAAUGCUUAAUCAAGGUUUAACAUUAAGGUUAGUCACUUUUUAUUUUAGUUCUAAUUAAACAUAUUCAAUAUAAAUUGAACAUUAAAAUUUUCUAAUUUGUUUUUGUGUACUCAAAAAGUUCAUACACUCUAGAAUCGGUCUGUGUGUCCGGCCGUUUACACAAUAACUUUUGAAAGGAGAGUCAGAUCGCGAUGAAAUUUUCUACACAGUUUAGUCUCAACAAUAUCUCGGCCGAGUUCGAAGAUGAGAAUGAUUGGUCGAGCCGUUCCGGUGUUAUUGCAAAAAUACUCACUUUUCCCUAUGCCUUCCUAUGUGAAAAUCGACCCCUUCCCACUUUCGUGAACAACUUUUCCUAUCAUAGUCAAAUAAAACCCCAACUAUUAUAUACUAUUCGAUACAAAAUUUCACGAGCUACAAAAUGGUAUAUAAAACAUAAAGAAACAAGAAGGCUAACUCCCCACGGAAAAAAUUUUUGAUAAAAACCGCGGUUAUUUUGACCGCGGUUUUGACAAACCGCGAAAGUCAGACCUUUUAUGCGGUAUUUUCAAACCGCUAUGCAUCGCGGUCAAUGUGACCGCGGUUUUUAGCGGUUUGAAAAUACCGCAUAAAAGGUCUGACUUUCGCCGUUUCAUAAAACCGCUGGAAACCGCAGUUUUUUUGGACCGCUAUAUACCGCGGUUUUCAUGGCCACACCUUACUCAGGUAAGACCAGACUCCAAGGGGGAAACAGCUGAUUAUUGAUUAGGUUUGAUUAAGAGUGAUUAGAAGUGAUUAGGAAUGAUUAGGAGUGAUUACUAAUCAAGCCUAAUCAAAUCUAUAGGCUUGAUUAGGCUUGA